AACCUUACACAACCCUCGUGUUUUUUUUUAUGACUGAGAAUGGAAGUAGUAACCCUACCUGCGCGAUGAUAAGUGAGGAUGAAACAAAGUCAGCCUAUUGUGAUGAAUUCUACAAGAAGAGAACCACGUGGUGUUUUAUAGGGUUGCUAGCAAUGGAAUUUUUAAAGUCUAUUACUAACAAUUCCUAUCUUAAUAUAUACAUUGAUAAGCUAUGCUUAACCCGUUUACCACCUUCAGACGGGCUAUAUGCUUGUUUACAGCUGUAGUAGUACGUUGCUAUGGGCCAGAUGACCUACCUUUAUUUUUACCUGUCAUCCUUCACUGGCUCCUCUCUAGCAUAUACCUACCGAUAGUGCAGAACAAAGUGUGCGAUAUAUUGGAUAAUCCACUUGAACGUGAGUACUUUUUAUGCAGAAGGAACCUUCUCAAAAUGCAAAGCAACAUAAUUAGUCAAAGACGGCACAGAAUGCAAAUGCCUUCCAAUGACAUGUUUCAUUUUGCAAUACAUAGAGCCAUCUAUUCACAUAAUUGGAACAAAUUGCUGUAUUUACUGAAGAAAUAUCCAAUAUGGCACCAUUAUCGCCCAGCUAUAGGAACAAUGCAGGAUACUAUUAAUAAUUAUCUAAGGGCUAUGGUGAUUUUGCUGAUGUAUCACCCCACAGCGAAAGCAAAAUCAUUACUUGAAGAUUACUUCCACAAGGCCUGCACGUGUCGCACUGAAGUGGAAAAGAAAGCCUUCAUGAGGGUCCUGCUGACUCUACCAGAGAAGUUCUUGUUCAAAAUAGAUCCCCAAACCAAGCGGUGGAUAAAUGAAGACGAUUAUACUGCAAAAGAAUACUAGGAUAGUUAAUUACUUAUAAAAAUUCAAUAUGUGAUAUGAUUGCUGUGUAGGACUUUAAUUUAUUAUUUGUGUUAAAAAAUUAUUAGGUUGAUAAAAAUAUUUUUCCAUUUGGAAUCUUGCAUUACAGUUAAUUAUAACCAACCAGCUUUUUUAUAAAAAAAUAAUAUUACAAAACUUUACAAGAAGGAAUGAGAAGAAAUAAAUAUUGUUAUAUAUUAUAUGUUUCAUUUAAAUAUAUGAAUUUUGUUAAUUUUAUCCAUUUCAAAUCAGUGCAUUUUUUUUUAUACUACUUAGAAUGGCAAACAAGCUGACGACCCACCUGAUGGAAAGUGGUAACCGUCGCCUAUAGACAUAAGCAGUACUGUGGACAUAAUAGAGUAUACUGUUUCGCCCAUGAUACCCCACAUGCGUUGCCAUUCCUGAGGACUCGGGUGUUAUUUCUCUGUACCCUAUUCUAUUCUAUAAUUCAAGUUAUUUUUCUUUUACUGUCAUUAUAUUUUACAAUUUCUGUGAAACGCAAUUUUGUAAUGAGGAUUGUUCACUUAAAUAGUAAAUCUUGUUUUAUUAUU